CAACAGCUACCCAAGUCACAGCUUCACUCGCAAUUCAGCAGCCCUACUGAAUCAUUAUCGGCAGUCCUUGCGAUGAUGUGCAGUACGAGCACCAACUAAACAAUCACGGGCGAGCUGCAAGCCAGCCGCGACACAAGCAUGGAGCCUAUGGAUGUCGACGACGGCGACAGGCGGGGUAGGUCUGAGACUCGCGAUGGUGCCGAGGAGAAGGGCAAGGAGAAUGAAGACGAGCUGGGCAAGACGCAGCGGUCGAGAUUUAGAUUCAAAUCCGCGAAGAGGAAACCGGAUCAUCGCGGCCAUGAUAGAGAUAGACACAGACAUCUCCAGAGUACCCAUCGCUCAAAGCGUCAGCGAUCCGAGCCUCCGGACGAGCCGAGCCUGCGCGAUGAGUCGCAACUCCCCAAUACCUCGUCUGGGGAAUACCUUGAUCCCGAUGCGCUGUUCCGCGAGAGUCUUUUCGAUGCCAUGGCCGAUGAUGAGGGGGCGCAGUUCUGGGAGGGGGUGUAUGGACAGCCGAUUCCGAAGAUCGAUCCGGUGAAGAUGGAUGUUGAGACGGGGAAGCUGGAGGCGAUGACGGAUGAUGAGUAUGCGGCUCAUAUACGUGCGGAGAUGUACAAGAAGACGCAUCAGCAUUUGAUUGAGGAGAAGGAGAGGAGGGAUAAGGCUAAGAAGGAGCAGGCGAAGAGGGACCAGGCUAGGGCGGCGGAGGAGGCGUUCCAGAGGCAGGUCGAGGAGAGUUUGGCGAGGGGGAAGGAGAGGAAGGAUAAGGCUGGGUGGACGCAGAAGUGGAGUCAGAAAUGGACUGCGUAUCAGGAGUUAUGGGAGGCGUUUCGGGCGAGUACCAGCGGCGAUUCGGAGAUUCCGUGGCCGGUUUGGAGUGGGAAGGUGGAGGAUUUGGGGAAGGAUGAGGUGGAAUCGUUUUUCUUGAAUGGGCCCACGGCGGGGAAACCGGACCAGGCGGAUUUAGUGAAGACGCUAAAGUUGGAGAGAGUUAGAUGGCAUCCGGAUAAGAUUCAGCAAAAACUGGGUGGACAUGGCGUCGAUGAGGCAAAGAUGCAGGGAGUCACGCAGGUCUUUCAGAUCGUGGACAGGAUGUGGAAUGAAAUGAAAAGCAGCGGCGAUAGAUAGAACGCGGGGCGUUUGCUCACGCACAUGGCGACGGAGUUUUUAACGAAAAUGGGGUGGAAAUUUCGUAGUCACGAUUCACGACUGGGUAUAUCUUUGAGCAUAACUAUGAUAGUAGAGCGG